CCCGCCUGACGGUCACGAGGCAUCAUCGACAGGGGGAGCCGGAGUCCGCUGCCAAUCCGGGCUGGGGAUGUUCCUGCGGUGAGUGAGGGGGGCAUGUGCGUUCGAAAGUAUACGGCUCCUUCCCGCGCUUGUCGUCGCUUGGCCUCGGACCUUUGACAAAGAGAAACAUAGAUAUGGUAAAUGUGUAUCGACGGCAAGAGGCGUCAUACCGCCAAGUCAUCUGGGAUACAUCUGUCCUUCUGUCCUUAAGAAGAGUUAUUAAACCCAUUCAUGCUCAGUUUCGUUGCUAAACUACUACCCUUGAGACAGCAGAAUUGACCACAUUAUCAUUACAUCUCACUGAAAACGGCACUUUUCAGCUUCAAUUAUCGUCUAUUUCUUCAAUUAGAUCAUCCUGCCGUAGCCGCUAUGAGUUCCGUUGAUGCUCUGCCACCAGCUGAUUCUCCGGAUCUCGUUCUCGUGCCUGCAACGCCGGAAGAACGCAUCGAGGCUAUACGGUUAAACAGUACUGCCUGGAAAGGACCUCUAGACCUGCAGAAGUACAUCGAACGCGAGAACCAUUUGAUGAGUCAAAAGCUCACCAGAGAGGGCGCACUAACCUGCUGGGUGUUGGUCGACAGCAGGCAGCCAGAGGGACAGAGGACGAUCCUCAGCUCUUGUGAAACGUUCAAAAAGAAGGCACUGCUUGCAUACGAUGGGAAGGUUGAGGACAUUCUGACGCACGGAAUUGGUAGCGUCUACUGUCGUCCGGAAUUCAGAGGAAAGGGGUACGCAAGUAGGAUGAUUCAGGAGUUGGGUAAGAGGCUUGAAACCUGGCAACUAGAAAACGAGACCAGAAAGAAGAGCGUUUUCUCUGUCUUGUUCUCGGACAUCGGCAAAAGCUUCUAUGCUCAGUAUGGCUGGAAGCCUUUCCAAUCCUCGCAUAUCUCUCUUGCGCCGAUAACGAAGGAUCAAUAUAACCAAGGAGUCCCAGGUACUAGCCUGCCUCCAGUCCGAGACCUCGUGUCUGAAGAUAUCAAUCGCUGCAUGUGUAGCGACGAGGUCAUGCGGAAGGAACGCGAGCACCUGCGCAGAGCCUCAGAAAAGUCGCCAGGCGCAAAGGUGGCAAUAACCCCAGAUUACGAUCAUCUCGUCUGGCACUGGGCUCGUGAGGAGUUCUAUGUGGAACAAUUGUAUAAGAAGGAUCCACCCACAGUGAAAGGCACAGGUGUGGAUGACCGAGGCGUAUACUGCGCCUGGACAAGGAAUUUUGGGGACACGCCUGCUGAGAAUGUUCUCUACAUAUUGCGAUGGACGUAUGACGAACCAGCCACUGCAGAAGCAGAGCAGGCAACCGCGGAAGCUAUGGCUGCAGUUAUGCGCCGGGCCCAGCUCGAAGCCAGCGAAUGGAACAUGGCUCGAGUGGACUUCUGGAAUCCAACACCUCUGAUGCAGAAAGCAGCUACUAUAUUGGACCCUAGUGCUGAAGUCGUGCACCGAGAGAAGAGCAGCAUUGCCAGUCUGAAGUGGAACGGUGCCGAACAGGGGCUGGGUGACCAGGUAGAGUGGUUUUGGAAUGAGAAGUACAGCUGGUGCUAGAGCCCUAGAUCUUUAUAGAAUCCCGUUAGUUCAGUCUUCUGGAUUCAUCUCUUCAGACCGUACCCUAUCAACAGGGGUCGUGGAGGUUGUUCCUACUUUACUUGAUUCCAUGCCAGUAACCAACAAAUGCAUCAUUAGAAAACUCAACAAUUGAGUGUCCACAUGAAUUGAACAUCAUUGCCGUCUUUGGCUUCGGAACCUUUCAUGCCAGUUUCUUGAGUUUUUGGCCGUUGCAGCCCCAGCACCAUUUAGUGCAUUGCUCUUCAUCUUUACCCGCUCAGCAUAACUGACAAAGUAUAUCGUUGUAGGGUCAGUAGUUUUGUAAGAACCAUCCUAUAAUAUCUA